UAUGAGUACAGAGGAAAUCAAAAGAUAAGUAGAGUAUUAUUUGUCAGAUAAAAACUUAUCCUAAGAUGAAUUCUUCCAUAAAUAGAUUAGUCAAAGCUAAGAUGGUUAUCUCUAAAUCUAAUUUAUACUUAAAUGCAAUAAGGUUAAGUAAAUGAAAGUCACUCAAGAAUAAAUUGUUGAAGCAAUUAAAACAUCAACUGAGGUAGAAUUAAGCCAGGAUUAAACAAGUAUUACUUUAUUCAUAACAUAAUAGGUGUUAGAAGAUUAAAUAAUAAGCCUUUACCAGAAUUAAUUAUUACUCAAACAAAUAAAAAAGUAAAAACUAACAAUGGUGAAGCAGUUGCUGUACAAUAAUAAUAGGAUGAAAAACCUUAAGAAGAAGUUAUUGAUAAUCCAUAUCAUAAUUUUGAACCACUCAUUUUUACAGUCAAGGCUCCAGCUGGUGUUGCAGUUAGUUGGACUCAAAUCACAGAGGCUCUAAUGAAAUAACAUAAUAUUAGUUCUCCAUAUGUUAGAUAUGGUAAGACUGAAGGCAACUUUGCUCUGUCUAAACCAAGAACUCCAGAAGAUAAUAUUGUUCGUUUAACUUCAGAGGGAAUUAAGAUUGGAGAACAUCAAUUAGAAAUUCAUGUAACAAAUGGAGAAGAAUUAACAUAAUUUUGGUCACAUCAUGGAAAACAUUAUGAAACUAUUAUUAAAAGAGCUAAAGAAACAUUUGCUCAUGGUGGUGCUGGCAAAGGAGGUAAUAAGAAAUAUGAAUAAAGAAAGUAAAAAAAGGAUAUUGUUUUUCAUAAUUAAAAAGUAAUUCAUUUAUAUAUAUAUUAAAUUAGUAUAGAGAUAUUUCUUAAUUAAAGAAUAUAUUCAAAACUAUAUUAGCUAGAUCUGAAAAUAAUACUCCUUUGAAAGAACCAUAUCAUUCAAUGUUAGUUUCCUUAUUGUAAUAUCAUGAUAAGAAAGACUAAAAAUUAAAUGGAUUGAAACACUUUACAGUCGGUUAACAUCCAGAUCAUGGUGAAACCAGAUGUUUCUUUGCUGUUAAAGAAGAUGGAUCAUCUGAGGAUUUCAGCAGUCUUAAAUGCAUCAAAAAUUUAGAAACAUCACUUGGUUUAUGAG